AAUCCCACCCCAUUCGCGGCGUCUUCGAACGCGCCGCGGCAGCCAUGUUGGACGUGGCCAGCACAGGAGCCGGCGCCAGGGGAUCAUCGCAAGAGCCGUCGCGAUGCUCGGGUCCCUGGUGUUGAGAACAGCGCCCCAGCCGCGGCUUCUCCUCCGACUGCUCAGGCCGCAGUCCCUCCAGAGCCGUGGACGUGCCUCUGGCCGAGCCGUGACCACCGGGAACCGCGGGGAGCCGCAGUGGCUGAGGGCAGCCGCCGGGGGGCGCCCUGGAGCAGGGGCAGCCGCCGCGGGGCGCCGGAGAGGAUGCGCCGAGACCCAGCGCCCCGCGGGCGCCUCGUGGCAACACCUGCCUAGCCCCGAAGAAGCGCUUCCAGGACAAGACAGCUGGGACGGCGUCCCCAACAGAGCCGGACUGAGCGUGUGGGCGCUAGCCACGGCGCUGGUGGUUCAUUGCUACAGCAAGAAUCCAUCCAGCAAGGAUGCAGCGCUGAUGGAAGCUGCUCGGACCAACAACGUGCAGGAAGUCAGCAGGUUAUUGUCAGAAGGUGCAGAUGUCAACGCAAGGCACAAACUUGGCUGGACGGCGCUCAUGGUGGCUGCCAUCAACCGGAAUGACAGUGUGGUGCAGGUUUUGCUUGCUGCAGGAGCUGACCCAAACCUUGGGGAUGAUUUCAGCAGUGUUUACAAGACCGCUAAGGAGCAGGGAAUCCAUUCUUUGGAAGAUGGGGGACAGGAUGGUGCAAGCUGGCGUGUCACAAACCAGUGGACAAGUGCCCUGGAGUUCAGGAGGUGGCUAGGAGUUCCUACUGGCGUUCUGGUCACCCGAGAGGAUGACUUCAACAACCGGCUCAACAACCGUGCUAGCUUCAAGGGCUGCACGGCCCUGCACUACGCCGUCCUUGCCGAUGACUACCGCACUGUCAAGGAACUGCUUGAUGGAGGAGCCAACCCCGUGCUGAGGAAUGAAAUGGGGCAUACGCCGUUGGAUUACGCCCGGGAAGGGGAGGUGAUGAAGCUUCUGAGGGCAUCUGAGACCAAGUACCAGGAGAAGCAGCGGAAGCGUGAGGCUGAGGAGCGACGCCGCUUUCCCCUGGAGCAGCGACUGAGAGAGCAUAUUAUUGGCCAGGAGAGUGCCAUCGCCACUGUGGGUGCUGCGAUCCGGAGGAAGGAGAAUGGCUGGUAUGACGAAGAACACCCUCUGGUCUUCCUCUUCUUGGGAUCGUCUGGAAUAGGAAAAACAGAGCUUGCCAAACAGACAGCAAAAUAUAUGCACAAAGAUGCCAAAAAGGGCUUCAUCCGACUGGACAUGUCUGAGUUCCAGGAGCGGCACGAGGUGGCCAAGUUCAUUGGGUCCCCGCCAGGCUACAUUGGCCACGAGGAAGGUGGCCAGCUGACUAAGAAGCUGAAACAGUGUCCCAAUGCGGUGGUGCUCUUUGACGAGGUGGACAAGGCCCACCCAGACGUGCUCACCAUCAUGCUGCAGCUGUUCGAUGAGGGCCGGCUGACAGACGGGAAGGGAAAGACCAUCGACUGCAAGGAUGCCAUCUUCAUCAUGACCUCCAAUGUGGCCAGUGACGAGAUCGCACAGCACGCGCUGCAGCUGAGGCAGGAAGCCUUGGAGAUGAGCCGCACCCGCCUCGCUGAGAAUCUCGGGGACGUGCAGACCAGUGACAAGAUCACCAUCUCAAAGAACUUCAAGGAGAAUGUGAUCCGCCCCAUCCUAAAAGCUCACUUCCGGAGGGAUGAAUUUCUGGGACGCAUCAAUGAGAUUGUCUACUUCCUCCCCUUCUGCCACUCGGAGCUCAUCCAGCUCGUCAACAAGGAACUCAACUUCUGGGCCAAGAGAGCCAAGCAGAGGCACAACAUCACACUGCUGUGGGACCGCGAGGUGGCUGACGUGCUGGUCGACGGCUACAACGUGCACUACGGUGCCCGCUCCAUCAAGCACGAGGUCGAGCGCCGAGUGGUGAACCAGCUGGCGGCUGCCUAUGAGCAGGACCUGCUGCCGGGUGGCUGCACACUGCGCAUCACCGUGGAGGACUCCGACAAGCAGCUGCUCAAGAGCCCCGAGCUGCCCUCAGCCCAGGCCGAGAAGCGGCUGCCCAAGCUGCGGCUGGAGAUCAUUGACAAGGACAGCAAAACCCACAGGCUAGACAUCCGGGCCCCCCUUCACCCUGAGAAAGUGUGUCACAACCUCUAACACCACCCACCACCUGUCAUGCCCUCCACUUCCAAUAAAGGCCCCGUGCUAUGGCACGACCCACCUGCCCUUCGUGCCUUCCCUCCUGUCCAGCCCCUGGAAGAGCCCUCUACCCCAAACAAAAAUGUCACCCACUCCUCCCCAUGGGCCGCAGGCUGUGAGCACAGCUUCCAGAGAGGGGCCACCUCAUCACCUCUCUUCCACCCUCUGGUCAUGGACACUCCAUCCUGUGCCCGGGAAGUUCAGGAGGAUGGCAGCGAAGCAUUAGAUGUGGUGGCAGCCCAGGGACCAGGCUGUGGCCAGCCACACUCUGCAGGCCUCAUUUGGGUCUGGCCCACAGUGGCUCCGGCAGGGAGUACCGAAGCUCCAGCCUAGGUACAACUUAGGCUGCGGCUACCGCCUUCCCAUGCCCCCCUCCCACUGCUCACAUUUGUACCCUGGGCACAACUUGGCUCAUGUUGCCCCAGCCUACAUGGUGGUGCCCCAGGAGGACUUGCUCCCUGCUCUGGGAUGGGACAGUGCUCCUGAGGGGCCUUCUCUAGGACACAGACAUCAGAGCCCUGGGGAGCUGUGGAGGAAGCGAUCCAAGAGGCUGGGCUCUGCUUAAAGGACCAGGGAACCUGACCCACCCUGUGUGCAAGGCUGUCCCAGCUGAGCGGGGUUGGAGUAAACAGUAUGUUCAGUCUGCACAUUAGUCACCAAGCUGCAAGUUUGGACACAGUCCCCCCCCCCCAAAUGUGUCCCCCGGAGCUUAGCAAGGCACAGCAAAGCCUGGUGCCCAGGGGCAGCCCCUGCUGUGGCCACCCCUGGGGACCAUGUUGGCUGCCCUCCUGUGGCUCACCUCUUCCAGGAAGCAAAGCCUGGGGGCAGGGAUCCAAGACCCUUGGGCGACAGCAGGAUGUCUCAGCAGCUCAGUCGGAGGCGGGCAGGGACCAGACACCCUCAGGCUGGCUGCCGCUCCCGGUCACUGUAGCUCUCUGGUGGUUGCUGUUGUUUUGAAAUAAUUUUACACUCAGAAAAUUGCAAAACAAAGUUUCCACAUUAAUAAUAUCUUUAAAAACUAAUUGUCAGAAGCUGGAAGUUAACAUUGGGACAAGACCACUAACCAACCUGCAGAUAUUUCAUAUUUUCUGGGGACCCGGUCCAAGAUCCUGCUUUGCACUGUGGGCGUGUUCCCGACCUCCCCACCAGUGUCUCAGGAUUUCACCAGUCAGUGAGGGUCUGCAUGGUGGCAGGUGGAACAGUGGGUGACGUGACGCUGGGCUCUGCUCACAUCACCUAUGUCUCAGGGCCUCCCGCAGGGUUCAGACAACACCAUCCAAUUUGCUCACUAUAAAACAUCCAUUUCCUUUGAAAUAAAAAAUGUCACAGCAAGAGGC